AUGGACACGGACCGUUUGAUAGGUAUUUAUGUUUAUCUCUUAUUCGCGGCUAGUCUUCGUUUCAACGAAAAUAUACUACAAUUAUCAAUUUAUAAAACGCGUUUUCAUUAUCCUUUAUAUAUAAUUAGCACACAAUAUCGUCUUAUUAUACGACAACAGCCAAAACAGGCUCGACUGUGUAGCCUGAAAGAGAGAGAUCGAAGACCCGUUGAUCCUCCUCCAAUCAUUCAACUCAAAGUAGAUUGUUACGGAGAUGAAGCACAUAACAAUGAACAUUUUGCAAUUUCAUCCAAAUUUCUCGCUGGUACUUUAGUUUCUUCUCUUCAUAAACUUAAAGACAUUGAUAAUUCUGAUGGUGGUUUUUUUGUGUUUGGUGACAUAUCUGUACGAGUUGAAGGUCGUUAUCGCUUACAAUUUAGUUUAUUCGAAAUCAUCAAGAGUGAGGUCGUUCACAUACAAUCGAUCUUAUCUGAUGUAUUUGACGUAUAUUCCCCCAAAACAUUUCCUGGAAUGUCCGAAUCAACUUUUUUAUCAAGAUCUUUUUCUGAUCAAGGUGUUAGAAUAAGAAUACGCAAAGAACACCGGAUCCAAAUGUAUUUUAAUUUUCAUCAUUAUAUGAUUAAUAAGCAUUCCGACAGCGCAGAAGGUGAUAAAGAUAAUGAUAUCAAUGACGGCUCAGAUAUGACUGAGAUUCCAAGAAAGAGAAGCAUAAAUUUGUCUUCUGCGACAUCUCCGUUGGAUGUUCAACCUACUGAUACUUCAUGUUAUUCGCAACGUCCCUCGCCGAUGAUUGAUAGAAAUGUUGAUUAUUCCUUUCACUAUCCUCUACCGAAUAAUAACCAUCAUUAUGAACCUGGCUCAUCUAGUGCAAAUCAUAUUCAACCUAUACAACGAGAAUAUAGGUGCAAUUGCUCUUCAUGUGUCCAUUAUGAAUUUAAGCGUGAACCUUUUCAGGAUGACCCUAUUUUUACUCGUUUAAAUUCUCUUGGCAUAUCCCAUGAUGCUGAUGGCUAUCCGAAACGUCGAAGAUUAUCCAAUUCGGAAAAGGCGUCUUAUGAUUAUAGGACAACGUUACCACCAUUAAUAGAACAUCCUAACUUUCUCUCGAAUACACAUGGUCAGUCUAUUUGUUCUAAUGAUAUAUCUGAUCAUUCAUCCAAAAGUACUGCCUUAAAUUGUUUCACGAAAACACCAAUGUCUUCUCAACUAUCUCCUGUUUAUCCAUCUUACCGUUCCGAUUCUCAAUUACCCCUCCCAAAAAUAUCACCGACAAGAUCGCACACAUUACCUCCAUCAUUUAUCAACUCGCAACAACAACAUCGCCAAUUACCAACUCCACGGACAUCAAUCGAUGUUCCUCCAUUGACGCAAUACCCUAGACCAUCUUUUGAUAGUUAUAAAGACAAUUUUAGCAGUAACACUAAUGAGAAUAAUAGUAACAACAUUACGAUACCACAAUUUACUCCUCAUUUCACUUCGAGUCCGCGUCCUGUUCAUAAUCAACUACCGAGUUCGACGCAAAGUCCUGCUGUUAAUGCUCAAUCAGCAAUACGGUCUUCUUCAUUGCCUAUAUUGUCAAAUACUUCCCAAAUAUUGACAACCCUAGAACAAUCAACAACUACUAGAUUGCCACCUAUUACUGUUUUAACUGAGGAUCUUGGAAUCGAUAGUUUUCAGAAAAAAUUGAAUUUAUCAAUAACCAGUUCUCCUCCGCCUUUAAUGGUAAAUGACAGGAAUAUUGAUUGUUCAAAUAGUUUUCGGUUUAAUUAA